AUGGGAUGUUCCCUUCAAGAAGAGCAAGAUGCAGAUCUUUGCGUACUGGAUGUUUAUCCUUCACUUUUGAAGCGAGAACUUGAAACACUCUUUGUUCACCGCUUCUCUCAUGGAACGAUGCCAGCCUCCUACAUUAUCCGAAAUUCUGCUCAUUAUUGGCUCUUGGCCGGUCUAAUGUCCGCUGUCUCCAUCUACGGCCCAUGGAAUUCAUUGCUUCGCAUGCAAGAUUCCGGCUCGUGGCGCGAUCAAGACUGGUUCCUUUGGACAUGUGCAGGCGUCUGGGCGACUUUUGAGAUGAUGAAUCUGUCGACUCACUUGACGCUCCGUUCGCUGCGUCCAGCGGGCAGCAAGGCGCGCGGUAUUCCACACAGUUGGAUCUUUGACGGACUCAAGGUGUCCUGCGCCAACUAUACGACAGAGAUCCUUGGAUGGAUUGUCGUGUGCAUCAUGACCGGUGAUCUAUGGUGCAUGUUCUUUGUCGUCGUUGGAUCGGCAACAAUGGCAAAGUGGGCUCUCGCAAAGCACGCGAGGUAUCGCAAAGAGUUUCCUGGAUACCCAAAGUCACGCAAGGCCAUUAUUCCGUUUGUGCUCUAG